AUGGGAAUAGCAGAGAAGGAAGAAUACGAGGGGAAAAGGGUUCGUUUUCUUGGUUGGUUUGAUCGUCAUCAUCACACUAUGAUCCCACACAAAACCAAGCGUGGAGCUGCUACACUUGCAAGGUUGAAGAUUUAUGAAGGAUUCCCAACUACAUACAACAGGAAAAAGAGGAUGGUCAUCUCUGAUGCCCUCAAGGUUUUGAGGCUCACUGCGGGACACAAGUACUGCUUGCUUGGACAGCUUUCAUCUGAAGUUGGAUGGAAUCACUAUGAGACAAUCAAGUAUACAUAUUAA